UCCAAUUUCUGUACGAAAAAGGACGUCAGUCCCGUGCAUUCAGCCAUUCAGCACUACUGCUCUAGCUUGCGAGCAAGCAAACUUCUCCCAUUGAUCUCCGUUCUUCCACCUCCCUCGUCAUGCAUCCCCUCCUUGUUCUUUGUGGGCUUCUUUUCUCCCUGCACACUCCCUCAUGCUCCGCGGCCACAGACACACUCCCACGCGGCCAUGCACUCGCCGCGGACGAGAGGCUUGUCUCCAAUAACGGCAAGUUCACGCUCGGCUUCUUCCAACCGGGCAGCAAGUCCUCCAACAACACCCUCAACACGUACCUCGGCAUAUGGUUCCACAAAGUCCCCAAGCUUACCCCAGUGUGGUCUGCCAAUGGGGAUAACCCGGUUCCGAGCCUUGCUUUGCCGGAGCUCAUAAUCUCCCGCGACGGCAACUUGGUGGUCUUAGCUCAGGGCACCAUCAUGUGGUCUACCCAGGCCAACAUCACAGCCAAUGACACCAUUGUUGUACUGUUAGGCAGUGAGAACCUUGUUCUUCGGAGUUCCUCGAACUCUUCAGACAUAUUUUGGCAGAGCUUUGACUACCCGACUGACACCCUUCUAGCCGGUGCAAAAUUUGGCCGGAACAAGGUCACUGGUCUGAACCGCCGUAUGGUUUCAAGAAAGAAUUUGAUUGACCAAGCUCCAGGUGUGUACUGUGAAGAGCUAGCCGUCGAUGCAAUCGACUUACUUUGGAAGUCAUCUGUGGUAUAUUGGUCUAGUGGGGAGUGGAAUGGCAGAUUCUUCAUCUCGAUACCGGAGAUGUCGGCGCAGUCAGGUUCCCGGUGCAACUACACGUUUGUCAACAAUGACCAAGAGGUUUACUUCUCCUACAACUUGUUGAAUGAGAAUAUGAUAUUUCAUAAUUUUCUGGAUGUCUCUGGUCAAAUCCAGACGCGCGUAUGGUCGGAUCUUGCAGUUGAUUGGAUCACGGCCCGCACCCAACCAAAUGAUCCAUGUGAUGUAUAUGCUACUUGUGGACCUUUCACAAUCUGCACUGACAAUGGAAAAUCAUUCUGCAACUGCAUGAAGGGGUUCUCCAUAAGAUCAUCGGAGGACUGGGAACUAGAGGACAGAACAGGUGGAUGCAUCAGAAACAAUCCAUUGAAUUGCAGUGGUGAUGACAAAAAUAAAACAGGUGUGACAGACAAAUUCUACUCUAUGCCAAGUAUUAGAUUGCCCCAGAAUGCCAAAGGUAUUCAAAAUGCAUCAAGUGCAAACGAAUGUGCACGAGUUUGUCUGAAUAGCUGCUCUUGCACUGCAUAUUCUUAUGGCAUAGGUGGUUGCUCUAUCUGGCAUGGCGAGCUACUUAAUGUAGUUGCUGAUGAUAAUGGAGAACCGCUUCACCUUCGCCUUGCUGCAAAAGAGGUGCAGAGUUGGAAAAGCAAUAAGAGGGUAAUAAUCACUGGUGUUGCCAUUGGUGCAAGCAUUGCCGCUAUGGGUUUCUUAAUUCUAAUAGUGAUUUGGAGGAGAAUAAGGGAGUGGUCUAGUCACGCAAUGGACAAUGAUCAGAGUGGCAUUGGGAUCAUUGCAUUCAAGUAUGUUGAUAUGAAACGUGCAACUAAAAAUUUCUCAGAGAAGCUAGGUGGAGGCGGUUUCGGUUCUGUAUUUAAAGGGUGCCUAAGUAACUCUGUUGCCAUAGCAGUGAAAAGGCUUGAAUGUGCCCACCAAGGAGAGAAGCAGUUCAGAGCUGAAGUGAAUUCAAUUGGAAUUAUCUAGUAUUUAAAUUUAGUGAAAUUGGUUGGGUUUUGCUGCGAAGGUAAUAGGAGGUUACUUGCAUAUGAACACAUGCCAAAUGGUUCGCUGGAUUAUCAUCUAU